AUGCCCAUCAAGACUCUUAUCCACAAUCUAAAACUGUUAGGAUUUGAUGAAUCGAAACAUGGCAAAGGCAUUAUCGAGUUGGACGAAAAGCUCUUCACUCAUCGUGCCACCAGCAACGACAAGGCUAUGGAGUAUAUCUGUUUAUUUCUAUUUCGCAAAAUAGACAGACUCCGUGUCAAGAAGCAGCUGUUGCCAACCUUGACCGUUCACACCUAUGCAAGCAAACUAAAGUUUAUUACCAACGUCUAUAAAUGGCUCCUGGAAAUCCGCCAAAAUACUCAUCUUUUCAAUGGUGUUCCUAUUCGCAAAAGUGAAUUGUCUGCCUAUCAAGGCGUUAACUUGAUCAAAAUCAUGGUUACCUUCUCCACUUUUGUCCUCGAAAGCACUAUGAAGCACACUGAUGUUGGCAAGAUUUCAACUUUGCCUAAAGCUACAAUUCAGAACAACAUCGUUCAAGCAAAUCAAUCCUUUGAUUUGAAUACAGAGACCAACAACACUUUUACCAGUAAAGCAACCAAGGCAGCUAAAGAGAUCAGCGCAGAGUUAUCCUCCUCACCACCACCACCACCACCGCCUUCUCCUCCACCUCUACAAAAUAUUAUUUCUGUGGAAUCACAAAAAAUCAGACAACUCAAUGACCAUUUCGAGUCUAUUCUCCAUAACCUACAUUCAAUGGUGUCAAAUUCAGUCAACCAAGAAUCAAACGCUGUAGAAGAGCCAUUCACCUCAGAUUCUUAUGAACAUUCAUCCGGCUCAAUCUCUUUUGAAUCAUCAAGAGCUUUAGAAGAAUCAUCCACUUUAACGCAUAUAAAACAACCACGAAAUGUAGAAGAAACAUCAAGUCCAGUCAUUCCUGAAUAUCCAGGAGCUGUGAACGAAUCACCAAACACAGUAUCUGUUGAACAACCACCAAAUGUAGAAGAAUCAUCCAUUCCAGUCGUCCCUGAUCAUCCAGACACACUGAACGGACCUUCGAGCUCACUUUUCGCUGAACAGCCAACAUCCGUGGAAGAAUCAACAAGCUCAGUUCAUGUUGAUGAGUCAAACACCGUAACAAUAUUGUCAGGCACAUCAUUAUUCUCUGCUGCUGCUACAUCAAGUGUCACUGCUGAAGCAUUAUCAGUGAAUGCUGCUACAAGUAAAACAAGCUCCCAUGAAUUUAACACAGCAGAACCUGAAGUUCCAAAUAACAGCGCGGCAAGUACAAAAGGUCCCGCUGACAACAUUUACGUACAGGAAGGGAGCACUAAAGUUGCAACACCCAACUAUAUUCCACGUCCUCUUACUCCAGAUCCACUACGGGAUGUACCUGAUACUCCUCACGAAGUCUCACAGCCUAAACCACAGGCAACAAUGACAAAUACCACUUUCACACCACGACAUACCAGCUUCACAACAAGAAAUACCAUGAAUUAUAUCUCAACACCUGUUGUUGUGGCACCAAUGCAAUUCAACUACAUGACUGACUCAUGCCAAUUGCCACACAUCCGAAAUACCAUGCUGAGACAUUUGCACAACCCCUUACUGGACUCUCCUUACUGGUAUCUACCUCCCAUCUCGCAAGCAGACAGCAAUCAACCUCCUCCUCCAAGUCCAAGCACUGUAUCGGCAUCACCCCCCUCGCCCUCUGUCAAACGGAAGUUUGAGCAAGAAGAUGUUCAAGAUAUCACUGUGGCGCCUUUUUCUCCUCCUCGCCAGAAACGAAGAUUUCUGUACAGUGAUUACGAUGAAGGUGCAGCGACGCCCACCACAUACGAUAUGGAUCUUGUGCCCCCACUCAUGGACGAAGCUGCUCCUUUCCGUCGAAUUUACAAUACAGAGUACUUUGAUAUUGAUUUCAUGACUCCUCGGCGCUGA